AUGUCUUUAGCUGGAGGCAAGUCCGCAAGCCGAACCAAGCAGACUCGCUUGGCCCUUGAAAACUUGAGAACAGUUCGCAACACAUAUUCCAAAAUUAGAAAUAAGGACGUGGACGCGACGCGCCGCGUCUUCUUGGUGAAGUUUGGUGCCGUCAACUCUUAUUGUCCGUCUAAGAAGAUCAAUAAGUGGUACGGUCACCAGAACUGCGGCGUCAAGGGUCACCGCGAAAUGAAAGCCGAGUACGGCAAGAUUUUCUUGCGCAAGCGGGACCACGCCGUCGCUGAAGGCUACUGGAGGGUGGAUGAGACAGUGUACAAGGGCAAGGAGUGUUGA